CCAGCAAAUGUGCAUUUCUGGAAGUCAUCGUCAACUGUUGAAGGGAUUGCUAUAUAUUGGAGGCGCUUGUGUGGCAUCCUACUGGGUGUCUUCUCUUCUGCACGGUUUCUUUAUGCGACGGGAGUAUGCCCGGCGGCGUGAACGCAAGCAACUGGAAAAGGUGGUGGCGAAGAGGGCGUUUGAGAAUUACUUGAAUAAACACCCUAUGCCUGAAGAGGAUAUCGCAAAGAUCACGUCUAAACCUUUCUUGGAAUUGGUUCACCUGUUGAAGUCUGGUCAGCUAGCACCAGAACAAGUACUUUUGGCAUAUCAGCACAAGGCUUUUGAAGUGGACACUCAAUGUAACUGCGUUGUCGAAUUCCUCUAUCCAGACUUUUCAGAAAUCAAUUUGAAUGGUCCGUUUUCCGGGGUACCGAUCAGUUUAAAAGACAAUUAUUCUAUCAAAGGCUGUGAAAGCUACGUUGGUAUGGCUUGUUACCUCACGGGCCCAGCGGACAAGGAUUCAGUCAUGGUCACUGUACUAAAGUCGCUAGGCGCGGUGCCAUUUGUACGGACUGCAGUCCCCCAAGCCAUGCUCAGUGUACUUUCUUCCAAUCCAAUCGAUGGAACUGUGUUCAAUCCACUGGACAUUUCACGCAGUCCAGCCGGUAGCAGUUCUGGUGAGGCUGCUUUGAUCGGUGGCGGAGGUUCCAUCUUGGGAUUCGGAACGGAUCUGGGUGGUAGCAUUCGACUGCCUGUCGCAAUGUGCAAUUGCGUCGGCUUCAAACCUACUCCGGGUCGUCUGAGCAAACGGUUGAUGCUCAAUACGAAUCGGUUUAUGACAACUGAUUCCUCUUGUGGUCCAAUCGCCCGCGAUGUAGACACGUGCAUCACAUUAAUGAAAGCCUUGUUUGAUUCUCCGUUGCAUCAUGAGCUGGACUACUUCGGUGCGCCCUUAUGCUAUUCCACUAAUAUCCCAACGGGGAGACGUCUUCGAAUCGGUUACUUCGUUGACGAUGGGAGCACGCCACCAGUUCCUGCUGCGCAACGAGCCGUGUUAGUGGUUAGAGACAAACUUGCUGCACUUGGACAUGAGCUUGUGCCUUGGCAACCCCCGGUUACGGGCACAGAAUGGCUCACGAUGUUUCUCACUACCUUACUGACUGAUGGUGGAAUGCCCCUCGUCCAAGCACUUCAAUACGACGUUGUUGAACCGUCACUGAAAAAAGGAUUAACGAUUUACGGGGCAUGGUGGAUAACGCGCUACUUCCAACAGUUCAUCGCCAGAUUGCUCGGAAGGCAGAUAGAUUUGCGGCUUAUCCAAGCAUGUUGUGCAGUGCACGACAUCCCAUCGCUAAUGCAACAUCUGGAUGACCUGAAGGCUUUCCGCCAAAGAAUCUAUGACCAUUGGAACCAAGAACGAAUAGAUGCCGUAAUUUGUCCCGCCUUUGGUAUGGCUGCUCCGAUCUCUGCGAAGUCUAACAAAAAAUUCACCGAAAUGUUGACGUACUUGAAUCUUUUCAACAUAGCCAAUAUGCCUGCAGGCUGUUUGCCCUCGGGGAUAAGCGUCGAUGAGAAUGAUAUCGAGGCGCUCAAAAAUUCAGCACCUCCAAGUGGCACCGGUUCCCUUUGGUCCAAAGACGUUAUAGAGCUCCAGGCCGACACACUUGGAUUUCGGGUCAGUGUUCAAGUUGCCGCCGCUCCUUGGAGAGACGAACUCUGUCUUCAUGUGAUGAAAGAAGUGGAAAAGGCUGUUCGGUUGUAGUCUUCACUUUUAUUCAGAAAACUCCGCUGUAAGCUUGCCUUAUUUUUUCACUGAUUCCUUACGCUUCAUUUUAUGCUUUGUUCUUUGCUGCCUGUGUGUUGACUCACAUCACCAAAUGCGUAUUUGAUAUGCAGCACCGAUCAGCCUCACCUCUAAUAUAUCCUUUCCCCCACUUUUUCGGCAUAUUGGAACAAGCUAUAUUUUUAUUAUGGCCGCAUCCAG